UAUGGUUUUGAGCUUUUUUUCUGGCAAGUAAAGAGGAAGGACUGAGCAGUGAGGGGUUAUUUUGCAAAUCGCGGUUUUGACUUCAGUUUUCUGUCGUCUGCUCUGUCACUAAGGAACGUUUCAGCCAUGGAGUUCAUCCAACAGAGAAACCUUCACUAUUGGGUCAUUGUGUAUUUUCUCUUGUCCACAACUUCACCUGCUGCAGAUGGUCAGAUCAGAUUAGUUGGGACUGGAUCAACUCAUUGCUCUGGAAGGGUGGAAAUCUAUUACAACAGUGCUUGGGGAACAGUGUGUGAUGACUUGUGGGGCUUAGAGGAUGCUGAUGUAGUGUGCAGACAGUUGGACUGUGGUACGGCACUGAGUGCUCCUGAGAAGGCCCACUUUGGUGAAGGAACCGGAUCAAUCUGGCUCGAUGAUGUGAGGUGUUCAGGAACUGAGAGGGAUCUAACGGAGUGUACGCACGGAGGAUUUGGAACACACAACUGUAAACACAGUGAGGACGCCGGCGUUGUCUGUUCAGGCGUGCCGAUCAGAUUGGCGGGGUCUACGUCGUGCUCUGGAAGAGUAGAAAUCAAGCAUCAGAGCAGUUGGGGAACAGUCUGUGAUGAUAGUUGGGACACUAAAGACGCCACGGUGGUUUGCAGAGAGUUGGGCUGUGGUACGGCCACUAACACACAGAGCUUCGGGGGAGGAACCGGAGAAAUCUGGCUCGAUGAUGUGAACUGUUCAGGAACUGAGAGGUCUAUAACUCAAUGUCAGCACAGUGGAUUUGGGAAACACAACUGUAACCACAAUGAGGACGCCGGCGUUAUCUGUUCAUCGACCCUCCCAAAGCCCAACAUCUCCAUGAGUCCUGUUGGUGAGGUCACAUGGGGUCAGGACGCCUCCAUCACUUGUUCCAUCUCAACUCAGCAUUUAGGUGGAACAUUCACUCUGCAGCAGACCUCAGGCUCAUUCAGAAAGACGGAAGCAUCAAGUACCAACUCUGCUACCUUCAACAUCUUGCAAGUGGACUUCGGAGGUGAAGGAUCGUACCAGUGUCAGUAUCAGACGAGGGUUUCAGGUCGAGACUUCAACUCCCCCUUAAGUGACUCUGUCAGACUCUCUGUUACUGUGCCGCUGCAGCAGCCCAGCAUCUCUCUGACGUCUCCUAACAAAGGGCUGGUUUGGGGCCCUGAAGGUGCACAGGUCACCAGGGGUUACAGCUUUGUCUUCACCUGCUCCAUUUCCUCCCAUUAUCCCGGAGGUGUUUUCUCUCUCGUGUCCUCCGGCUCCGGCCUCAACGACACCAAACCAGCAGUCAACCACUCAGCCUCCUUUGACUUCCUGUCGGCCGAGUAUGAGCACCUGGGAAACUACAUGUGUGUGUACGAAGUCACACUGUCUGCACGGAGGUUCACUUCCAACAAGACAGCCACGAUUACUGUCAUCAUCAAAAUGUCUUUGUUGCCGCUGGUUUCCUCAGUCGCUGUCGUGGGUCCGCUGCUGCUCCUGCUGGUCUUGGUGGGGGUCUGUCUGGUCUGCAAGAGAAAGAGACGAGCCGAGCAGCCUAUUGACAUCGUCCAAACUCAAUUGCCUGUCCGAGUCAACAAGAAUUAUGAAAAUAACACAAAUGGGGACGAUGAGGAUGUGUAUGAGAACGUUGAUCCAGUGCACACCAAGAAACUCAAAGAGGAAGCAGGGAGAGUGGAAGAGGAGUAUGAUUGUGAUGAUGAGGAGUCAGAGAUUAACAACGAUGAAGGUCAUGAUUCUGACCAAGAUGAAGAAACCAGUGAUGAUGAAGCUGAUUAUGAAAAUGUGACCCAGCAAUUGGCUGAAGGAGCUGCGGACAUUUAUGGAGGAGAUGAGGAUAUUUAUCAAAACGUUUGAGGUGUCUCAACUGUUGAAUGAUGCUGAAAUGCAUCAGGAGAAUCUGGCUAGUAAAUACUGAGAAUCUUAUUCUCAGUAUUUUGGUGUGCUAGACUGUAUUCACACAGUUUGUAACAAAAUCAUUGUCGGCUUGGCUUAUUUGAACAAAGGAAUUUAUAUAUAUAUAUAUAUUCUGCUGUGUCAAAGAUCUCACGUAGCUACACCUCACAGGACUCCACAUAGUCAUAAGCUUUCUCCAAGUCAACAAAACAGACUUUCAAUUUUAAGGAGAAUGUCCACGGACAAGACACAACCUGCAUGGGCCAAUUCUUAUAAGGUUAGAUUGCUUUUUGUCUGGCUAAUUUUUCUUGGGACCAUUUUGCUUUUGGAGACGCUAACAGGAUAUUUUUUCUUUCUUCAGUCUGGAUUUGUAUUAAUCCAUUCAUCCUCAUUCCAGCUGCAUGUAUCCAAGCGGAACUGAACCCAAGACAGCCAGAAAUUGAAAUGAUGCCGGCUCUUUGUAGCGUUAGCACGCUUGCUUCACACACAUGCGAAAAUAGCCCUUAUUCUUUGGAUAAGAGUGACACCACAUUCCUGCCUCUAUGAUGAAUAUGAAUGUUUCAUAUUCAUCAUACAAGGAUCAUACAUUGUGAUCAAAUUUGACCAACUUCAGAAGGACUGUAAAGCCCUCUGAGGCAAAUUUGUAAUUUACGAUUUUGGGCUAUAUAAAAUAAAAUGAAUUGAAUUAAAGAAAGUAA